AUGUCGACAACCACAUGGUCCCCGCAGCAAGGGGCGCUGCUUCUCGCCACCAGCUUCCUCAGCCCCCGAGUCGACGACGCGGAUUACCAAUGUAGCUCCGAGCACGCCUCCGACUACUACGGCCUGGGCGUGCGGCUGGGUAUAUACUUCUCGUGGCUGUCCGGGUGGCUCGCAAACACGUUCCUGUCGUCGGGCAUCUCGGGGGCGGCCGACACCAACGCCAUCUUCCUCUUCACGCUGCUGAUCGCGAUGACGGUCGACAGCAACACGGACAAGCUGUUCCAGAUCGACGGCCUGAUCCUGAUGCAGCUCUGCUCGGGCACCAUCUUUGGCAUCCUGUCCGUGUGGGGCUACCGCACGCGGCUGUACACCGAGUACGGCCCCCGCGCGAUCGGCCUCUUUGGCAGCUACGGCACGCACGUGCGCAUGAUGACGAGCCUGGGGGUCAGCGCGUUCGGCACGUGGUUCUGGACGUACGGGCUCGCGGGCCGCGCCGAGGUCAUGGGCCCCGGGGACGGCGUGACCGACCCGGGCCAGAACAGCGAGGCGUGCUCCGUGCUGUGGAUGUGGCUGUUUGUCAAUGUCCGGGCCGACAGCCCCGGGAUCAGGGGCCUGUACAUCACGUUGUCGGUGGCGUGUACUGCGUACUUUGGCUUCAUGCUCAUCGUCAGCUCGCUCGCCGCGUGGUUCACGCUCGACAGGCUGGCGUCCAAGUCGGCCGGCAUGUUCCCCCGGCGAUGGGCCUGGACGGCGCAGCACCACAAGCAGAAGUUGGCGAGACCGGUAUAUGUGACGGGGUUCACCUCGACAGAGCUCAAGUGGAUCUUCAAAUUCCUCCGCGUCGGCACAGUCAUCUGGCUCGUCUUCAGCGCCCUCAUGAUCGAGAUGACACUCAACGCCAACCACGUCCGCUCCGUCCUCGGCGACCCCAAGAACAACGCCCUCCAGCUCCCCGGCCAGCUCCUCCCGUUCCUCAUCGGUCUCAUGUCCUUCAUCAGGGUCUGCUAUGCCCUCUUCAUCGAGCGCUGGGUCGACCGCGACGAGCCGCCUGUGCUGCUGCUCCCGCCGGAAGACGAGACACCCGGCAGCGCGGCGCCCAUACCCCUGGGGAACUUCAACAACAGCUCGAUCGCCCGGCACCGCACGGCGAAACGUCAAGGCGGACGCUAUGGCCAGGCGGUAGGCGCCGAGGCGGGAGAGGCAGGAGAGGCAGGAGAGGCAGGAGAGGCAGGAGAGGCAGGAGAGGCGAGACCCGUGGCCCAAGGAGUGAUCAGGUCGGUCAGCUCGUACGACAAGGCGCAGCUGCGGCGGUCGCUGUGGGUGCGGUAUCUCGUCGCCUGGCUGCCGUGGCUCAGUCUCUUGCAGCACUACGACAACCAGCUCGAGGAGGUUGGCAUCUCGCGCCACAGUACCGCGCUGAGCUCGUACGACGUCGCCCGGAUCUAUGCGAGUCCCCGCGAGGAGGAGUGGGGGAGUGCCUCCGUUCGUCCGGAGGUGCAGGCGAGCCUGAUUCCAAAGUCUCCAGCGGGGGAAUCCAUCAGGGACCUCAGGUCGCCGUGA